UUGUCACACAUCUAAUGCGGACCCGUAGCAACCUCCAGCUUCCUUAACAAAUAACCUUGAGUUAUCCCGUUCUUAAUUCGACUCCGUGAGCCUACACUAAAGCGAAAAUCGAGAUAGAGAAUAUUUUAAAUCUGCUGUGGUUCCUUAACGACAGGUUUGCUUGUGUACGUCUGGCAGCCGCCAAAUCUACGAUGAGUUCAACGUUGAAUGGGGACGAGACCCAUUCACAACGAUGGCAAGGAGCAUCUGAAGCGUAUUGUCACGCGUCCUGGCCCAUUUACGUCCUCAGCGGCCGCCCUAGGUCUCGAGACCUUGGAGACGCUGGAAAGGCUCAAAGUACUGGUCAUAGGUGCUGGAGGUCUAGGUUGUGAGCUCCUCAAGAAUCUUGCUCUCUCCGGGUUUAAAGACAUUCAUGUCAUCGACAUGGACAUUAUCGAUGUGUCCAAUCUGAACAGACAGUUCCUUUUCCGUCACGCAGACGUUGGCAAACCCAAGUGUGACGUGGCCGCUAAGUUCGUCGAAAGGCGAGUUCCUGGCGUCAAAAUCACACCGUAUUACGGCAAAAUCCAAGACAAAGAUGAGAACUACUAUAUGCAGUUCAAUGUUAUCAUAUGCGGGCUUGAUAGCAUAGAGGCAAGACGGUGGAUUAAUGCUACAGUGGUGGGAAUGGUGGAUGAGAACAAUCCAGAUUCAUACAAGCCUCUCAUUGAUGGCGGAACUGAAGGUUUCAAAGGUCAAGCAAAAGUCGUGUUGCCCACCAUGACUUCUUGCUUGGAGUGUCAACUGGACAUGCACGCUCCACGAGUUCAGGUACCGCUGUGCACUCUUGCAACCGUACCACGGCAGCCGGAACAUUGCAUCGAGUGGGCCCAUAUCAUUGCAUGGGAAGAAGAGCGGAAAGGGGACAUGCUUGACACUGACGAUCCGGAUCACAUCAGUUGGCUCUACCGGCGAGCGCUCAACAGGGCCCAAGAGUUCAAUAUCUCAGGUGUCACAUACAGCUUGACCCAGGGGGUUGUCAAGAACAUCAUUCCAGCUAUUGCUUCCACGAAUGCGAUCGUUGCCGCUAGCUGUUGUAACGAGGCGCUCAAGAUUGCAACAGCCUGCAAUCCGUGUCUGGGGAACCUGGAGGAUGAGGAGGCCAACACUUAUAUGAUGUAUACCGGGGACGACGGCAUUUACACUUUUACCUUCCGUCAUGAGAAAAAGGAUGACUGCCCGGUCUGUGGAACGCUUGCGAAGGAGCUUAAUGUGAACGAAACAAAUACGCUCGCCGAGUUCCUGGAGGACUUGGCCGCAAGGCCAGAAACUCAAAUCAAGAAGCCCACCAUCCGAACGAAUGAUAAGUCGCUCUACUAUCCCUCUCCUCCAAGCCUUGAGGAGCAGACAAGACCAAAUCUGCUGAAGCGGCUGACGGACCUGGUGGAAGAUGGUGAGGAGAUGGCAGUGACUGACUCGGAUGGAUCUAUAACUUUUAAGUUCAAGUUGGUAUUCUCAUCGAAGUGAGAGAUCACAUCAGGAAUGCCUUCAUGGUUUCAUGCAUCGAUGGUACUACAGA